AUGGCGUUGCGCUCCAUUGAGCGUCAGAUCGACACACUGCGCAGCCACGGCGUGCUGGUCAAGGCCGUCGACCGGUACCACGCGGCCAGCCCGAUCCUCGUCGGUCGGGCGCUGGAGAGCGCCCUGCGCAUCCCGUCUCACUGCCUGCGCGUCACCAGCCACAUGCCCGAGGAUUUCUUCGUGCACUUCGACGACACCGUCCACCGCGACCGCGCCAUCGGUCUCGGCCGCAUCGCCAUCGACAAUAUGCCUCUGCAUCGCCCAACAUCUCUCACCCCUACUCGCCCGCCCGGUGACUCGGCACUCGGCGGCAUCACCGACCAAGUGGAGCAGGUCACCAUCAACGAGCACGCCAGCGUGGUGCGCUCCGUCUUCACCGCCCCGCCACCCUCAGUGCUGGGACCCACGCCUGCACCUCCACCCUGUUCGACGGCCAUGGCUACUGUUGCCCCCCGACGUAGUUCGCGGCAGGCCGGGAAGAUCUCCACCACGCCGGUGGCCCAACGCGCCACGCUUCGCCUAGCCAAGGAGUUGGGCGUCAUCGACCAGGAGGAGCAGCGGGCCGACAUCGCCGCCACCGCCCUGACUCAGCGCCUCAAGGAGCCUCUCAGCGAGGUUGACAUGGACGGCCUCGCGAUCAUGACCAGGCUUGAUCGCGAGGCACUUCUUCGUGCCGCCACGCAGGCAUCGUCCACUAGAGCCGCCACUCCGGCGCAUUAG